GAGAGAGGGAGCCGCAAAAUAUACAGCAUAUUAAUAUGGCUAGUAGCACAUUACAACUUUAAGCAUUGAGAUCUUCAAUGGACAACCAGUGUCAUUUGUUCUAAAAUGGUGAAAAUACGGAGCAGGAAAAGAAAAGGAAAUUCUUUUACUCGACUCAAUUGUGGCUUGAUACCAAUAUUAUUUCUUGUGAGACCUUUCUUAGCUGUCAGUGCUUUGUGAAUGAAUUUGAUGCCUUUCCUUUAUUCUCUGUCUCUGUCUCUCUCUCAAGAAGUUAUUGUGUGUUUCCCCAUGGCACAUGGUUUUUCUUUUUCUUUCCUUGUGCAUUUCUCUUUUCUGUUUCGACUCCAAGCUGGCUUAUAGUUUCCAUAGUUAAGUUCUAGAGCUAUAAAUAACAGCACACAUCGCCCAUCUCUAUUUGUACUCCUUAUGUUUCUUAUUUAGUCAAGAUUAAAGCAGACAGCUCUUUGCAAAAUUACAAAAAAUGGCAAAUCAACCCGCCCAAUCUCGCCCAUGGUUGUUCCGUUUGCCUUCAAUUGUACGUCCAGCCCCUGAACCAGCUCCAACCCCAGCACCUGAGCCAGCUCCUCCCCAGCCUCGUCCACCUCUUGCUCGACCUGCAUUUAGGCCAGCUGCUCCGUCUCUCCCUCCAGCAACUCAACUUCAAGGGCCCACUCCUGCCCCUCCUCCUACUACUAAUGGUGCAGGUGGAGGUGUGGCAUCAUUACCAACAUCCCCAGUUCCCAGGGCGUCUGCCCCUUCUGCUUCAUUGCCUACUUCUCCGGCUCAAACCACCACGAUGGUUGCCCCAGUCGCUACCUCAGCUUCGGUGCCAUCAUCUCCAAGACCCAGAGUUUCAGCUCCUACCUCCUCACUUCCACCUUCUCCCGCCUCUAAACCAGCACCAGUGGACUCUUUGGUCUCAACUCCUCCAGCCCCAAAACCAGCUCCGUCUUCUUCUGUCCCAACGUCUCCAGCUCCUAAGCCAGUGCCAAGUUCUCCUGUCCCUAAAUCAGCACCAGUCACCUCCUCAGUGCCAACUUCUCCAGCCCCCAAAGCCAUGACCACCGCCAUAGCUCGUGUUCCUAGCCCUGAACCAUCUCCAAGAACCAUCAAGCCAGCGGUUCAAAGCCCACUUCAAUCACCCAAGACUAAGCCCACUGCUCCACCACCUUCUCCUCUGAACCUACCUCCAGCCAAGAUAAGAGCUGAUGCAGAAACUGAAGCCAAGAUCCCAUUAGAGGCAGAGCAAAAAACAGUGCUGGUUCAAAAGACUAUUGAUAAGCCCAAGCCCCGAGGCAAUGGCAGCGACUCAGAGAGAAAUCUCGCAGAUGCUCUGAAGACCAGCAUUGCACAACUUGGGAAGCAAGGACCGUCAAAAGAUGGGAAGACAAAAGAAAAUGGCCAACGAAAGAAGAUUUCUUCGGAUUCUGAAGAUGGGGGCAUGAGGGUAAUAACAAUUGCUGGAGAAAACAAAGGCGCCUUCAUGGAAGUAAUCCGGUCUCCCAAUAAGAAACAUGCGUUCGAGGGCAAUCCUAAUUAUCUCAACAAGAAGAGCAAUCCUAAUUCCGAUGGCAAUGAGUGGGGAAGCCAUAGCAGCAGCAGCAGCAGCAGCAGCGGAGAAGAAGGAAACCCAAAGAAGGACAAGGGCCAUAAAGGACGGUCAAUGGCAUCUCCCCCAAUGAGUACUUUUAUGAACAGUAACGUGCAAGGUGUUAACAACUCGAUUGUGUUCAAUUCAUCCUGCACUCACCAUGAUCCUGGAGUUCAUCUUGCUAUGUCCAGAAAACCAGCCGGUGGUGGGUUCAACAUUAAGGACCGCGGCAAUGGGCACUAAGGUUUAAGACAACGCGAAAUAAAGGAAUUGUUUUUAGCAGCAGCAGAGAAGGAAGCGGCUUAUUUGUACUUUGAUGUGUGGAUGUAGGAUACAGUAUUAUAUAAUGAGAAUAAAUAUAAAGCUGUUGUGUGAUGGUAAGGAAAUUAAAGGGCAUGGAUUCUGAUUCUUCAUUGUCAUGUUCCACUUUUGGUGGAGUGCAAUUGAAGAUUGGUCAAUGUCCAUUGUCCAGACUAAGGUAUAUAUGGGUUGAGAUUUAAGAUUUUUAUGCAUAAAUGGGAAUUUAAUAUUUCCAGA